AUGGAAAAGAGCUCUGAGGAGGUAAGAGACACUGGAGGCACAGUGCCCUUAGCUGCUCCUGCCUUGGCAAGACUAUCUGCCAUUUCAUUACCUGUAAUAUCUACCUGUGAGGUGAUUUUAUGUCAACAAUAUUUUCGAGUAAAACCUCAUGAUACAUCUGUUGUAGCAGGAAGAACGGCAGAACUUCAUUGCCAUGUUGGAAACCGAGCUGGUCUUGUUCAAUGGAGCAAAGAUGGAUUUUUAUUGGGAUACGAUCCUGAGAUACCCGGAUAUGAAAGAUAUGAAAUGAGAGUAGAUCAUUCAAAAUCAGCCUACACUUUGUUAGUUCAUGAUGCCCGGUUAGAGGACGAAGCAGAAUUUCAGUGUCAAGUUGGGCCGGGCAAAAACGAAAAACCUAUUCGCUCUGUAGCUCGACUUACUGUAUUAGUUCCACCAAAAUUUUUGUCCAUAAAUGAUUUACCCAAUGGAAGUGAAAUUGAAGUGAGAGAAGCUGAAAAAGUAGUUCUUUUAUGUCAAGCCCUAUCAAGUAAACCAGCUACUAUUCUUAAGUGGUACCGAAAAAACAACGAGUUGAUGCCAGAUGCAUCAAGAACAACAGUGAGAAGGGAAGGUGAAAAACUUUAUUCCACGUUAAGUUCCAUAACCUUAUAUCCUAAAGGAGACACCAGUGGCUCUAGCUUUACUUGUGAAGCUUUACAUCCUGCCCUAGAAAAACCUUUAAAAACAACGGUCGGCGUUGGUGUAUUAUUGUUUAGUAAUAUAUGGGCUCCUAAAUUGAUCAGUAUGUCUACUUUGAUAAUAUGUACUGAUUCUAUUGCUACACCCAUCCUGGAAUAUGGCUUUCCUGUGUACUCCUGUGCUUCUGCCACUAGCCUGGAUAAAUUGGAAAGGGUUCAACUAAGUGCUGCAAGAAUAAUUACUGGACUCAGACGUAGUUCCCCUAAGGAAAUAGUCCUUUUUGAGGCUGAUCUUCAACCCCUCCAAACUAGAAGAAAGGCUAAUCUCACCAAUUACUUCAACAAACUUUCUAGCUAUGGUCAGCACAAUAGAACCUCUCUCUACCUUAACAACUGGCGCAACAAACAGCGACUGAAGAAAAACAGUCCAUUCAGUCAUGCUGAACUUCUGCAUUUGCCUUCUGAAGACGUUGAGCCCCACUCCUUAAAAUCUUGUCUGAAUCCUUCAGAGGGAAUCCCCCGAGUCCAUUUCCACUUCGACUUUUCUGCUCCGGUCACAAAGAAAGAUCUUAUUCCAGCUGAACUUAGGCAGCUAGCUUUGGAAAUUUUAGGCGAGAUUCCCAGUGACGCCGUAAAAAUUUACACAGAUGGUAGUGGACUCGGAAACCUAGCGGGUAGCGGCGUCUUCAUUGAAAAAUCUGAGCUAAAUUACUCCAUCUGUCUCCGUAAUCCUGAUUUCACUUCAGUCUUUCGAAGUGAAUUAAUCGCAAUUGAACAGGGCAUCGAUGCUAUAAUCAACGAGAGUGACUUUGGAGAUCUUUGGAUCCUGUCGGACAGUCGCAGCUCCCUUCAACACCUACACAACUGGACUAAAGUUGGAGACAAAACAAGCAUCUCCAUCCUUCUUAAACUUCAACUUAUUUCAAAGCACCACGACGUUCAUCUUCAGUGGAUACCAUCCCACGUUGACAUCUUUGGAAAUGAGCAAGCGGAUCGCUUGGCCAAGGAGGGCUGUAGUCAUUUAACAUCUUCGUCCUCAGCCCUUACCUUUUCUGAGUAUCAAUCCAAAAUCAAAAGCCAUUUAUCAAAAAAGUGGAGGAUCCCUCCCUCUCAUCAUUGGUAUGCGGCCAAGGAACCGGGCUCUUCACUUGUUCAUGUAGGUGAUAGAGCAUCUCAAACAGCUAUUUCCAGACUGGCAAGCGGACACACGAACAGUCUCUCGUACUUUAAAGGAAGAAAGACUUAUGCAGUCUGCUCUAAAUGUGAAGCCCAGCAGGCCUCAGCAGAACAUAUCCUCGACUGCUUGGGCCUUUCCAAGGAGGACUUAUAUGCUUCUCCACUUCUUGUAAUCGACUUUUUGAGGGUCAACAACUUACUGGAUCUUGUCUGACCUCGUCAGACAAUUAGAGGAUAAGCAACAACAA